AUGGCGGGGUACGCUUCGGAGGAGGAGGAAGCGCCAUGCAACCUAGACGCUGAGGUCGCCCAGUUUGUCACCAAGCUGCAUGCUGACGGCCUUCUGCCGGCCGAAGAGCUGGAUGGGUUCUCUCACAUACCCACCGCAUGCAUUGAGGCAUCCGGCGCCUACUUGGAACAGAUCCCCAAGGUGUGUCGCCUGGCCAUUGAGAGCCAGACCCUGUCGGCCCUGCUCGCCCUUUUUGCGAGGCUGGAGCAGGAGGCACCCGGGACGGUCGGCUGGCGAGCGGUGGCUGGCGUGCUGACCCAAGCCCUCCAUGAAGUGGAGAAGCAGACGGCAGAAGCCGCAGACGAGCUUCGCGCUGCGACCCCCCAGAUAGACUACGAGCUGUUUGGGCUGCCAAAACCCCCAGAACCAGCGGCCCCAGAAUCAAAGACAGGGAGUGCCCCCCAUCCCAGAUCUGAGGGCAAAGAGAGGAAGCGGAGGAAGGGGAAUGCGGUGCCCGUCGCCGCGACCUCCAAGCUCAGGCACUCGGCCCAGCUGGCCAAAUGGCAGGCUGUGCAGCAGUCUGCCAUGCAGGCGGAGGAGGCGGCGGCGGGGGCGAGGGACAGCGAGGCGCAGCGUGCACAGCAGGCCGAGGAGUGGCGGCUGAGCCAGCUGCGCAGCGGAGCCUCCGACGGCAACGCCAACUUUGCGGAAACGCAGUGGACAGCGCCAGAGGGCUGA